UUUACCGGAAAAGAUCCAGUUUAACGUUUCACGUUUGGAAAACUGCAGAAAGGAUGUCCUGUAAUUCCAGUGUUAUUCGACUUUGUGCAUCAUCAGUGGGACAGGCACCCCAAGCUCCAGUCCACCUCAUGCCAUGUGAGAUUGAACACAAUGGGCCAGCACAGGUCAACCAAUACUUCACUGCUACCACCAAAGACCAGAAACAAGAUAAGUCAGUGUCAUUCAGGGGACGUGGGUUAAAGGGGCAGGAGAUCAGCUGUCCGCAGGGCUACACAGGGCUGGUACUGAAAGAGAUCAACAAACCCGGCUCAGACCAGGAGGACAGGACAGUGAAAGUAUCCUCUGUAUUUGACAAAAUGACCUACUGGAACCUGGAAACACCUCCUAAUUCAGAUGAUACUAUUGUGAUGGCAAUGGAUUGGCCUGAUUUGGCUGAGGCAAUCCACGCUCCAGUAGAAGACUGAAGAGGCUGCCUGAUAUCUCCUCAGCAUUUUACAUAUGAAAUGCGCCGCUUGCUGGUUAUUCAUGAUAAGUGGUGGAAAGGCUUAAGAAAUAUUUUCAGUAAGUGUUGCUUUUGCAGAGCAAUAACCUUUGUAUAUAUCUUUAAUGACAUGUUUUUUUCUAGUGAACAAAAAAAAAUAAAAUAAAAGUCACUGA